CCAAUAUCAGUAUCAUAUUGACUUUUGUUGUGUAUAAAAAUGGUCUUGCCUAGAAUUUGCAUUCUAUUUAAUCCGUUAGCUGUUUUAACCGCCUUAGAUUUAAUUUCGCAUAUGAGGGUAGUCAGCGCUAUUCAGGCGCGCAGUGAAAAGGAAAUGCAACCAACAGCUGUUCAAUCGGUGGUGCCCAUUACACCUUCGUCUUCCUUAUCUGGCUCAGUAGCUCCUGCUUCGGACUUCAAUCCUCUUGGUCCAAUGGUAAUGUGCUCUUUUUUGCCGCGUGAUUUUUUGGAAUGCAAAGAUCCAAUUGAUCAUGAUAACAAUCGGACCGCUAAGGCAGUGAAGGGUUAUGGCUGCUUACACUUUGGAGGAUCUACCUAUGAUGAAGUGGAACACACAGAGGUUCAAUGUACAGUAUUUUCCGAUAUUGAUUGUUAUGGUCCGCGGACGUUUUUGAGAGAUGGUGUACCAUGUGUACGCUACACGGACCAUUAUUUUGUGACAACUCUCAUCUACAGUAUUCUGUUGGGCUUUUUAGGAAUGGAUAGAUUUUGUUUGGGUCAAACAGGCACUGCUGUUGGAAAGCUAUUGACAAUUGGUGGUGUUGGUGUUUGGUGGGUUAUAGACAUUAUUCUACUUAUUACAAACAACUUGCUUCCAGAGGAUGGAAGCAACUGGAAUCCCUAUGUAUAGAAUAACAUACUUUUUUAAACUGAAUGUGAUAUUAGUGAAAAAUAAAUUUACAAAAUAUGUAUUUUA